AUGGUUGUUGUGACACACACACCGCUUCAGCGCUGCCUUCGACCACCGGCUCCUCAUCGCUUGGUGCCGGAUGAUAACGCCUUCGAAAACUUCAUUGCAAGGUUCAACGACCCGACGACUUCCAACGAAUGGCGCUGCCAAAAAGAACUUGCGCCACUUCCACCUCCUGUGAUGCAAAGAAGUGCACGCGCAUGUACAUCCCAGCUGCACGUUUAG